UGUGUUCAAAAACAAGUUUCCUUCUUGGAAUGAUUGCAUCUCCUACCACUUCUCUUGUAUGAUGUUUAUGAUGUCCAAAAUCUAAAAAUAUCGACCAUCCAAUCUUUGAUUCCUUUAUUCGUCUCCAUCUCUGUCUUCUCUUGUUCGCUUUCAUACUCCUUUUUGGUUAUUUGUUGACAUAUCGGCUCCCCUACUGACCAAAUGCAUAACGAUUAGUCGAUUACGAUAACACAAACAUAAACACAAGAAUUUCUUCAACAUUGAAUGCUUAUAUUCAAAAUUACUUUCAUUCCACUAUUCUGUGAUCAUUAUAUAUACUUAUCCUCUCCAAUAUGCACAAUGGAUUCAUUCCACCAUCGAACAACCUCAAUUGAUCGUGCUUCUGUUGAAUCAAUUCUAACAGGGGCCGAUCAACCUACUGAUGUACCAAGUCCCCAUAUUGGUACUUCACCCAAUAGAGUAAACUUCUCUACAAACCACCCACCUCGACCCAUUGUACGACCAGAUCGUGCACUAUCUUAUACUUCAAGAAGACCAAAUCGACUUUCGCUAACUUUCCCCGUUGCUCCAAGCAACGGCCUCGAAUCAGUCAGAGCUACUCCUACUUCAUCAAAUGCUCCAUCAGUUCCCGGCACACCUGCAGAUCCCAACGUUAUCCUAUCGCCAAAUGAUUCAAACGGGUUUCUAGUCGCCCUAGCUAGUCAGGAAAGGAGGGUCCUCGAACUUAAGGAGGAGCUGGACAAAGCCGAAAAUGAGCUCAAGCAGUUGAAAAAACAAUGGGCGCUUCAUGAAGCAACAAAGAAGAGAGCAGAAAUUCGCCAUGUCGAGAAGCUUCAACCUGUGCAAACUGAGCGCGGGUCUGCUGACGAGAACGCACUUAAGACUCCAAGGCAAAGCAUAGAUAUGGAUCGAAAGAAAGCUUUUCUUGCCAAUCUUCCUCACCUACCAAAAGAUCAGAAGAAUCCACGAAGGAAAAUCAUUACUGGUGGUCAUACUCGUACACUUUCGCUCCUUUCCCCAGAAAGAAUGACGCACAAUUCUACACUUCCAGAAUCCACCGGAACAACCUCAGUCGACCUCCCAAGAAGCACAACUAUGCCGGAUACAAGUAUUGGUAUCUCCAGGGUCAACACAAAUCGAGCAAAUAGACAUUCAUACCAAGGAGGACUAGGAGUGACACAUGGAGUGAAACAGAUUACAGAAGAUGUUAAAGCUGGACUAUGGACUUUCCUUGAGGAUCUUCGACAAGCUACAGUAGGGGACGAAGCGGUCAAUGGCACAGCGAACAAACGAUCAAGCUUGGAUGCAACACAACGCGGACUAAAUAAGCGAAUUAGUAAGGGUAGUUUACGAGGACGACGAGGGAAAUCACCAAGACCAGAUCCAUCAUCACAAAGAACAUGGGAUUCCUUAACCGGUGAUAAUCCUGCUCUGCUAGAUUUGGGAGGCGCAUUAUGGCAAGACCCUGAAACUCUGGCGGCACCCAUGAAACCCACAAACGUUCAAAAGAAACGCGCAAGACCAAUUUCAUUUCCUACUGCUACCAUCGACGAUGACGAUUGGUCAAAUUGGGAUUCUCCAGCUCCUAAAUCGCCCAUGAGAUGGAGCGGUAGUUCUACAUUGUCCGGUCCAGUGACUCCUGGAAAUGCAAGCGGCGAAGAUGAAGUAAACAUUAUGGACUCGAACAACCCCCCAGACUCGCCCUCAAGAAGGGAUGAAAUCCCGUGGCCUGCUCUCGACCAAUUGAAACCGGGCAAUCUUAAGAAAACUGUAUCUACAAUGAUGAAUCAAUGGGAGAAAAGCCUUACUCCACCUCCCGAAGAAGCCACGUCUGAAGAUUUUCUUACCGGUUCUCCUCGUGUUCAAGUGGGACGAGAACGAGAUGGAUCCAAUUUUGCCGAGACAAAUUCUUAAUGUGUGGAGGAGUUGGCUGGUAUCUCAUGAUAAUGUUUUCUGCGUAUAAUGUAUGGAAUGGAAUGAAACGGCUGGAUAGCACAAUGUGGGAUUGGUAGGAGAUCUGGAGAUAGAUUGUUGCUUUCUAUCCUUGGUAUUUAGGCAGAUCAGACAAGACUAGACCAGAUGUCUGUGCUCUGAUUGAUGAUAGAUGAUUUUGAUGAAGGAAUGAAAUGAUUUUGUUGCCUACUUGUUGUUGUAGUUUGUUGUUGCAGUAUGGUGUUGCAGUAUGGUGUUCAGGUAGCGAGGGUAUGAAUGUUCAAUCAUCAAUUAUAUUAGAUAUCACCCACUUCCAAAGAAUAGACUGUGCAUUUGGA